AUAUUUUAAUUGUUAGGAUUAGUUCGGUUUUGCACAUAGUGUGAAUUUCUUAAGGGGCGACAUAUAAUAUCUUAGAGUGGUGAAUUAUUUAACAGAUAAUGGCUAUAGACGGCUUUGGUGUAUACGAUGUCCUGAAAUUUGUGAUAACUUUUAGUGCUGGAAUCUAUACCGGUGUCUACAUAAGCCAGAACUAUGACGUACCACGGGUAGACCAACCUUCAAAAUUUAUUGAAAGGAUCAAGGAAAUUGCCAAUGAUCACAAGAAAAAGACACCUGCGGAGCAGUUAAUGUACGAUUUAAAAAAAGAGGCUAAAAAAGUAGUACAAUAAAUUGCAAUUAAAACUACUUCAAUUUAUUAAAUUUAAAUUAUUCUGUUUAAAAAUUAUGCUAAUG